AUGUCCAUCUCCGCUAGCAAAAUAGUUUCGCAAGAGCCACUCUCCACCCAAGACGCAAAAUGGGUCAAACUCGUCAAGACAAUCUACACAGACCCCAACGGUACCGAACGCACCUGGGAGUCCAGUGAGCGCUGCACUCGCCCGCCCGGUAUUGAUUUUGACGGCGUCGGCAUCAUCGCCGUCCUCGAGCAGCCCGGUUCCGAGCCCUCUCUCCUCCUACAAAAGCAGUACCGACCUCCCAUUGGCAAAGUAACCGUCGAGAUCCCCGCCGGCCUCAUCGACGCCAACGAGACCCCAGAAGAAUGCGCCAUCCGCGAGCUCUACGAAGAAACCGGCUACCACGGCGUUGUCGAGCCGGCCGGCGACGCGGGAGAGCGCAGCUGCCUCAUGUUUAACGACCCCGGCAUGUGCAACACCAAUCUCCACUUCGUGCAUGUCAAGAUCGACCUGGCGGAUGCGAGGAACAAGAAUCCGAAGCAGCAGUUGGAGGAGAAUGAGUUUAUUGAGUGCUUUACGGUGCCGUUGAAGGACCUGUAUAAGGAGUGCAGGAGGCUUGAGGCAGAGGGGUUGGCGAUUGAUGCGAGGGUGGGCAGUUUGGCGGAGGGGUUUGAGGUGGCUAGGAGGUGGAAGUUCUUGUAG